AUGGGUAUUUUUGGAUGGUAUGUGAUGGUGAGUGUGGUGUGUUUGUUGUUGAGGGGUGGUGUUGGUUGUGUUAUUAUUGGGGUAUUGGUUGUGGGGUGUUUGGGUUUGGAUGAUUUUGGGGGGGUGGGUUGGUUUGGGUGGUUGGGUGGGGUGGUUUUUGAGGUUGGAUUGUUUUUGGGGUGUUUGGUUUUUUGUUUGGGUGUUUGGGUGGGUUUGUUGGGGUGGGUGUUGGGGUUGGUGGGUGUGUAUAUGGGGUAA